AUGAGUAGUGACACUAAGCAACAAGAAUCGAGCUUUGCUAUUAAUUUCUUAAUGGGUGGUGUCAGUGCGGCAGUUGCCAAGACCGCUGCCUCACCCAUUGAGAGAGUCAAGAUCUUGAUUCAAAACCAAGAUGAAAUGAUAAAGCAAGGGACUCUGGAAACAAAGUAUUCCGGUAUUGUAGACUGUUUCAAGAGAACCGCUAAACAAGAGGGUAUGAUCUCAUUUUGGAGAGGAAAUACUGCAAAUGUUAUUCGUUAUUUCCCCACCCAGGCUUUAAAUUUUGCCUUCAAAGAUAAAAUUAAAUUAAUGUUUGGUUUCAAAAAAGAGGAAGGUUAUGGUAAAUGGUUUGCAGGUAAUCUAGCCUCUGGUGGUGCUGCGGGUGCCCUUUCGUUACUAUUUGUUUAUUCUUUAGAUUUCGCCAGAACAAGGUUGGCUGCCGAUGCUAAAUCAUCCAAGAAGGGCAGCACACGCCAAUUCAACGGGCUGGUUGAUGUUUACAAAAAAACUUUAAAAUCUGACGGUAUUGCUGGACUGUACAGAGGGUUCAUGCCUUCAGUAGUUGGUAUCGUUGUUUAUAGAGGGUUGUAUUUUGGGUUAUUCGAUUCUCUCAAGCCACUGGUACUAACCGGGUCAUUAGACGGAUCAUUUUUAGCUUCGUUCUUAUUGGGUUGGGUGGUUACUACAGGUGCUUCAACAUGUUCAUACCCAUUGGACACGGUGAGAAGAAGAAUGAUGAUGACUUCCGGUCAAGCCGUCAAAUAUGAUGGUGCUAUGGAUUGCCUAAGGAAGAUCGUAGCAGCCGAAGGGGUCGGAUCAUUAUUCAAAGGCUGCGGUGCCAAUAUUCUAAGGAGUGUUGCUGGAGCAGGUGUUAUCUCCAUGUAUGAUCAAUUGCAGAUGAUAUUAUUUGGUAAGAAAUUCAAGUAG